UUAUUGAUAAAAUGUACACAUACAGUACACUAUCGCUACCAAUAGGGGGCGCUACAUGCCGGAAAUACGUACUGAUCUGAUUCCAACGAAGGAGAAAAAGUAAAUUGCAACAUGGCGACUCCCAUGCACAGAAUAAUAGCCAGAAGGCAAGCGGAGGCAAACAAACAAAACGUGCGUUGCCAGAAAUGUUUGGAGAUCGGACACUGGACCUACGAAUGCACAGGGAAGCGGAAAUAUGUUCACAGGCCGUCAAGAACAUUUGAAAUGAAGAAGAGGCUCAAGGAGAAUGAAAACAAACUCAUCAGUAUUAGUGGACCAGGAAGUGAAGGCUCAAGUGAGAAGAAAGUCAAGAAGAAGACUAAAGAGUCCAGCGACAGCAGCAGUGAUUCAGACAGCUCCUCCAGUGACUCAUCAUCAGACAGCAGCGACUCCUCCAGCUCCUCUUCAAAUGACAGCGACAGCAGCAGUGACAGCGACGAUGACAGCUCUUCCUCCUCCUCUUCUUCCUCCUCCUCUUCAUCGUCAGACAGCUCAGACUCAGGAAGCAGCAGCGAUUCAGAUCAAGGACCUCCAAAGAAGAAGAAAAAGAAGAAAUAAACAAAUACUGGAAUGGAAGAAGUUGAUUUUAUUGUGGUGUUUGUUUUCCUAAGUAAUUUUAUCUGUCCACUUUUUUUUUUUUUUACCUCUAAUCCGUCACAGCUGGUUGGAUCUGGAUAUGGGACACCUCAAGGGCUGUAAAUCCCACAGUUACAUACUUGCUAACCUAAGAAAUGGAGAUGACACAGAAUGAAUUAGUUUGGGUUGGCCAUAGUAUCAUUAUUAGUUUUCAAAAAAUAUUUCCCCUAUUAUUUCUAUUAAUGUGACAUUUCCUCAAGUUUGUGUGUCUAAAUUUUAAAUAUCUGAGGAAAACAAUGCAUAUUCAUGUUCAGUUUGUGAUUUUGUACUAAAUAUAUUUUUAGUCAAACUUCAAAUGUAUAGCAUACAGCCUCAAUAAAGUAACGCCGUGUCUACUAUUGAAAAGACCUUUUAGGAUACUGAAUAAAAGUUUUGUUUGUUAAAUUCUGAAUGAGCUUGAAGUUAGAAGCUCUUGAUUCUAUUAAACUUCUAGUUGCUUGUUUUGUUGUAAAAUAAACUUGACUUCUGUUUGUUUUUAA